CGAGGGGUGGGAGGGAGCUCGCGAGCCGGCAGGCGGGCGAGGAGCGUCUCCUUCAGCAUCUGCCGCGGCCGCGUUUGCCCGGAGACUGACCGACGGACGGAUUGUCUGGCGGACGGGUUUGGGAGCUCGCCUUGUGCUCGGGGCCAGCUCCAGCGAAGCUCGGGGCUUGCAGCACGCGCUUCCCCGCCCGCUCGCGGCCACCCCGGCUCCGGCGGCCUCGGCGCGCAAGGGGCUGGACGUGCGGGAGCCGCUCUCCGCAGGUCGGUCCUUGCGCUGCUCAGCCCCGACCGCUGCGCUGCGGCCCCCGAGCGGCGUCCCUGAGCCCCAGCUCCCCGCCGUGCUGCUCCGAGCAACGGUGCUCAGGGGCUCCAAACUCGGGCUGCCGGGGCAAGUGUCUUCAUGAACCCAGAGGAUGUCCGGGAAGCAUUACAAGGGUCCUGAAGUCAGUUGUUGCAUCAAAUAUUUCAUAUUUGGCUUCAAUGUCAUAUUUUGGUUUUUGGGAAUAGCAUUUCUUGGAAUUGGACUGUGGGCGUGGAAUGAAAAAGGAGUUCUGUCCAACAUCUCUUCCAUCACCGAUCUUGGCGGCUUUGACCCAGUUUGGCUCUUCCUCGUGGUAGGAGGAGUGAUGUUCAUUCUGGGAUUUGCUGGGUGCAUUGGAGCUCUACGGGAAAACACUUUCCUUCUCAAGUUUUUUUCUGUCUUCCUGGGAAUCAUUUUCUUCCUGGAGCUCACUGCCGGGGUUCUGGCAUUCGUUUUCAAAGACUGGAUCAAAGACCAGCUGUAUUUCUUUAUAAACAACAACAUCAGAGCGUACAGGGAUGACAUUGAUUUGCAAAACCUCAUAGACUUCACCCAGGAAUAUUGGCAGUGCUGUGGGGCUUUUGGAGCUGAUGAUUGGAACCUAAAUAUUUACUUCAAUUGCACAGAUUCCAAUGCAAGUCGAGAGCGAUGCGGCGUGCCCUUCUCCUGCUGUACUAAAGACCCCGCAGAAGAUGUCAUCAACACUCAGUGUGGCUAUGAUGCCAGGCAAAAACCAGAAGUCGAUCAGCAGAUUGUAAUCUACACGAAAGGCUGUGUGCCCCAGUUUGAGAAGUGGUUGCAGGACAACUUAACCAUUGUGGCUGGUAUUUUCAUAGGCAUUGCAUUGCUACAGAUUUUUGGGAUCUGCCUGGCCCAGAACCUGGUGAGUGAUAUUGAAGCUGUCAGGGCUAGCUGGUAGAGCGCCUGCAACAGCUGCCUCCAGACACUGGACAGACCCCGCCUUCCUGACCCUCCAUUGCGCCCAACUGAUACCCAUGCUGCACGGACCCUAAUCACAGAGGCAUCCUGCGAUCCCACCUGAUGGAGCUGCCAUCAGAACUUAGUUUUUGGGGGGGUAGAACCGGGAAAUGCUGCUCACUGACAGAAUUAAAAAAAAAAAAAUUAACCAGUAUGAAAGUCGUUGCGCCGUGAAUCUCUAUUGUAGCCAUGAAUUUCUGGACGGUUGGAUACUUACCAAAUGAGAAAAAAAGGGAGGGUGGGGGACCCAGAUGCACUGAAUUUGUGGAAAAGGCUUGUUCUCUGCUUCGGUAGUUGGAGGUCUGCCUCCUGUGCCAUGGCCUGAGGAAGUGCGUCUUUUCUAAAACUCAGCCCCUUACCUGGGAGGGCUGUGGUUUCAUUUCAAGGAACUGCUACAACCAUGGUCCCAAGAAGAAAACAGCUUGCCUUUGGGUUCAGAUUUUGUGACCGCGUUCAACAAGGAACUUGUGUGGGCACGUCUGGUCUCUCCUGAAGUUUCUCCUCGUAAGAGAAGUUGGAUAUUCCUUGUGUGCUGAGCAGGGCUCUGGAACACUUCAUGAUGCUGAAUUUUAGCAGGACAGAUCUCUCUUCUGAGUAGGCCUGAGCUUUAUUUAUCAGUGAAAUCCAAGGAGAAAAUGAGGUUAAUGAAGAGGUAGUAAAUACUGCAGCCUACCAAAUUAGUCGUUGGAUUCUUUGGAAACUCUGGAAUACUAUGGGUUUCGUUUUGUUGUGGGUGUUUUUUUGUUUUUGUUUUCUUCCAAAAGUGAAAGCUAUAUACAGUUUCUUAAAUUUUAAAGAUUUUUUUUUUUACUCAGCUCGAAUAUUAAUUUUUUAUAUAAUCUCCCUGCAUGACCUGUGAAUCAAUCCACCAACUCCUUUACCUGCCGUCUUUUCUACAAACCUUUAAAAACGUUAUUCGGUCAGCAUUGAUUUCGUGGGUUCACAGCCUUUAGAGAUGUGUCCUCCCUGUCUGCGAAGGAUCCAUCUGGGCCAUCGCAAAUGCUUCUGUGGACUCAACACUCUCUGAACCGUGUCGGUUGAUCAUCGUGGCCUCUUCUGCAGCCUCCCCGUCUUUCUCUUUGAAGGGAAUUAAACCCAAUUCUGAAAUGAUGUGGACACAAUCAAAGCUUCUGAUGGUUUCUUUCUUCUGGUUUUAGUUCGUUUUUAUUAAAAACAAAUGAAAACAAAAACAAAAAAAAAACCCAGCGUGCAUGGCCAGAGCUCCUUCUUUUCUUAGUACAGACUCACCUUCAGGAUGGUAACAAAGCACAAACUCUUUGGAGGGGAGAGCAUUGAUGGGGCGAGUGUUCUGUGACACAAGGUGGGAAACACUUCCAGAGACUGCCACCUGCCCCCAUUCCAGGUGGGAGGGACGAGUUUUGCCCCCAGAUUUUAAUCAUCCAGGUCCACCAGGAUGUCGCACCCCCUGGGGAGGAGAUGUUAGUCUGUGGAACACUGGGAAGACCAUAGGUGUAUUUUACGGUGAUGACACACUUACCAACACAGAACUGGGCAGCCAGCUAGCAUAGUUGGUGGAAACUUAGCAAGGUUUUCCAUUUCAGCCCCAUGUUGCAUCGCUGUGGCUGAUGAAUGUGUCCAUCUGCUCAGAGAAAGGACAAAAAUUCUUUGAAAAUCUAGGCUCCAGAGUUAAGGUGUGUAUGACUCUGCAUGUGUGUGUUUCUGUGUCUCUUUGUAGUUAGAGAUGUUCGUUCCAUAUUCUGGCUGUAAGAUUAUUUUGUUUCAUCUCUGCCCCCACCACUGUUGUCAUUCCGUAUUGUCAUUCCAACAUGGAGAAGACUUGAGCUCUCCAGUUGGCACUCUUGUCUUGUUUGUUACCUCAUUCUCCAGUGAACUCCACCUGACCAGUUGAUUAAGAAUCAGGCGAGCUUCCCACCCUUUGGCACAUCCAGUGAAAGGCCAAACAGCAAGUCCAAGUGAGUUCUAAAUUUUAAUUAAUCACCCUUUAUUUUUUACACUUGAGAGUGGUUGUAAUUAAAGGUUGUCAUUAAUAAACUUGGUUCUACCUUACGUGGA